AUGUGUUCUGGGAAAUGUGCAAAAUGCUUGGGCAUUGCCCUAAUUCCACUAGCCAUUCUGUGUAUACUGGCCAAUAUCUUACUCUUUUUCCCUGGUGGCAAAGUUGCAUCAGAAAAUGGACAUAUCUCCGAUGAAGUUUGGUUCUUUGGAGGGAUUUUGGGUUCUGGGGCUGUGGUAAGUGCAUCAUUGUUUUAUUAUUACAAGUGUUACCUUUUGAUUUUAACUUGUGAAAUAAUAAUGUUAUAUAACCAACAUUCUUAUUGAUUAAGAAAGAGAUAGAUAGGCACCAAGAGUGUAAUACAUGUCAUAAAUGAAUUGCUGCAAAGGUGAUAUGGCAGUGAUAGGACUGAUAGAGUUCUCAUAAAUAAUAGCUGAGAUAUGGAGAACAUAAGGAAUAUAAGAUACAUAUUACAAAGUAUUAUUGUAAAAAUAAAACUCUAAAAUUGUUGUAUAACAAAGCGUUUUGCUUGUCACAAUGUCUCCUUCAAUGCCUUUUAAACUAAUUUAAAAAAUCAUUGUAUUAUCAGAACAUAUUUUGAAUUCAAUCCUCAAAGUAUCGGGAUCACGCCUUUAAUCCUUAUGAGGUCAAAUAAGUAUCAAGUUAUAAUGUGUUGUAUAUCAGUGAUAAUAUCCAGCAAUAAUCUAAAUACGCCUACCCUGGUUAAAUAUGAUAUUAUAAUGCUUAUGCUUAUUCUUAUUGUUGUUGCUAUAAUUAUUGUUACUUUUAUAUUUCUUAAAAUAGUGCUGUCAAAAUACCAUGUCAUAGUAACUCUGUAAUAGUUCUGAAUUCAUAAAAAUUAAUAAUGCAAUAACGAACAGGGGUCCUAAAUAAUAGGAUAUUGUCACUCCUCUGGCCCUCCCAAUAACAAUUGCUCCCCCUUUUUUUUUUAUAUUGACUGUAAUUUAUAACACCAUUCCCAUAGAGACCUCAUGAUUUGUGUGCUAAAUCUUGUUUGAACUACAAUUCGUCCAAAUUUUAGUGAUCGAUCAAAUUUCUGAACUCCAAGCCGAAAUGUAGUCCAAUCACGAACCAACCAAAAUGUUCAAUGGCCGAGCAUGUUUAUUUUGAAUCAUGAUUUUCAAAUUCCACACGUGGUGCCGAAAAUAGAGAUUAUUAACCGGAAAAAAAAAACUGGUUGGCUAGUGGACAGAUACUAAAUGUUGAUAUUAUUCACAGAUCAAGCAAAAGUGACCAAUACACAGAAAAAAUUAGGAGCAGUAAUACAUCUAUAAUUGUAUUAAUUGUAUACAUUUAACAGAUAUGUAAUAAUAAUAAGUAUUAAAUUUACUCCUCCUCCUGUUUUUCCGUAUUGGUUACUUUUUCUCACUUGACAUUAUUACAAAAAUAUUUAUAAUAUGUAUAUGUUUCGCAAUACACUGACUGGCCAAACUGAUUUUUUUUUUUAAAUCAGAAAAAUGGUUUGACUGAACCUAAUUUCUCACAGAGUACAAGUCUAGUUGUUAUAUUUGACUUUUAGUUUAAUCUAUAGCAGUAACUGGAAGGCAUGUGCAAUUUUUGUUUUAAGCCACUCAUCCAAAUAAAAUUCCUAGUAAUCGUCAAAUAAAUUAAUUCUGAAAUUCAAUUCUAUCCAAAGGAUUUUAGCUUGGGUGAAUCUGUUUGUUUGUGGACUAUCUGAAUUUUGGAAUUUAUUAGUUCAACAAUUAGUUGGAAUUUUAUUCAGAUGUAUAAAGGGUCAACCCUGGAAAAAUUCAUUUAAAAAGUAAUCAGUGGAAACUGAUCCAGAGGAGUAAGUAUGACUGGAUCCCCUAUUUUACUAAUUAUAUGACUGUUAAAUAUAUAGUAGAGAUAGCUAAAUAAAAAGAUCACUGAUGCCCUAAAAUUCUAAGAUGAUUUUUUGUUCUAACAGGAUGCUAAUAAAUGUGAUGAUUUAGUAAAGCAAUAGCAUAAAACGUUUGUCUUGUUUUAGACAAGUUCAUUGAGUAUACCUAUAAGUAUACUAACUUGAAUUUUUAUAUAUAUCCUAUUUUCUUUUUCAAUGUUUUUUAAUGAUUUUCUUGUUCAAGGUUUUUUAAUGAUUGCAAUGACUUUUUAUCUAUUGUUUUAAUGAACUCCAUUGUCUUCAAAAAUAGAAAGCAUUUGGAAGCCUUUGUCUUCCGGAACAUGAUUUAAUAUUUUAAAUAAAUGAAUAGAAAGACCAAUAUUUAGUUUUCAGUGAUAUCGUAUUUUCUGAAAAUCUUAUUUUGGUGUGAAUUCAUUGUUUUCUAGAUGAUCUUCCCAGCACUAGUAUUUCUUGGUAUGAAAAAUAAUGACUGUUGUGGAUGUUGUGGCAACGAGAGUUGUGGGAAGAGGUUUGCGGUAAGUUACAGUUAAUUUCCUGAUACGCAAGUCCAGAGUCUUUGAAAUUAAAGUCUGCUUAAAUCUAAUUAAUGACAAAACAUGCAAGAUUCCUUUUCCAUUUUAAUUCUGGUUUCUCCCCAAAAAGUUUUUUUUUCAUUGUUCUCCAUUCUAAACCUAUUAAGAUUGACAUAUCUGUAAUCAAGACACACCAUUCUAAAGCAGUGAUUAACCAGAAGAUUCACUACACUUUCUCAUUUAGCGUUGAAGAGUUCUUAUGUGAAAUACCAGUGUUUCUGAUUCAGUGUGUUCAUGUUUAGUGUAGUGUAAGUGUAUUGUCUAUUUUAUAGUGUUCAAUGUGCUCAAGAAUUAGGUCCAAACUUCCUUUCUUGGUCUGGAUGGGUAUUUUAACACAACAUAAUUAAACUUUUCUUGUAUUUUCAGAAUUUUUCUUCUAUUAUAUUUGCUGCGGUUGGAUUUGUAGGGGCUGGUUACAGCUUUAUCAUUUCAGCAGUUGCAAUAAAUAAAGGACCAAAGUGUGGGGUAAAUGUGACUGAUACCAGCAUACCUCUGGGCUGGAAUAUAACAUACCAGUAUCCUUUUGAAAAUGGGUAAGUCAUGCAGUAAAUAACGUAACCCAGACACAGUUUUUAAUUAAAUACAUCUUCAAUAUUAUAUCAUAAAGCAAUACUAACGUUUGUAAUAUCCAUGGGCAACUUUACACAUUUAAUUCAUGACGCAAUAUCACUAAUUCUGUGUCUUCUAACCAUUUAUCUUUUAUACUCUUGAUUUCCACAUUCCACAUUUCUCCAUCAUUGCUUUUUCUAUAUAAUACUUCUUGUGUUCUCCUCCUUUAUUUGAUCACACUUGAUGUUUGUCUUAGAUUAACAGCUAUGUUUUAAGUUCCUACUACAAGUUUUUUCAAGUAGCCAUCACCAAUCACCAAUUCUGCUGCUACUCAAUGUUAUAAACAAGAUGUAGAGUAGAACAAUUUGUUUAAUGCCUAAAUUAUCAAAAAUUCCAGUUUUGUUUCCUUCUCAAACACAAAACAAAUAAUUUCACAAUCAGUUCUUCAACUCAUAGUACAUUGUCUCAAUGUAAUAUAAAUGUAAUAUAAUAUAAAGUUUGAAAUCUUUUUGAUUUCUCAUAGUCAGUUCCUUUAUGAUGUUCAAAACAUCACACGCUUUCACCUGCAUAAUGCUUUUCAUUUCUACCCUUUCCUAAACACAGAAAAAACUUAAAUUCAUACAUUAUUUCCUAUCUUUACUAAUGCCACCUCAUCUCGCAAAAGACCAUCAUAUCUAGGCACCUUUGUACUCACAGUUUUAUCAGCCAAAUCAAUAUCUGCAUUAGGUGGUACAAAUUUCUUGUACAGCCCUUUUGUGAUGCAUUGAUGAAAGAUCCUGUAACAUAAUCUGAUUGCUUUCUGUAUUUUUAAUAUAUUGCAAUAUUUCUGUGCAAGACCUAUGUGCUAUAGUUGGGCACAGACGCAUGCCCCUAUGUAUAGACCAAGCAGAAGGCAUCUCCUCCUAACUCUGUUAGAAAAUGAAAGAUGCCUUUAUUAAUAAAAUAUUUUUAAAAAUUAAGGUUGGAAUGGAAUAAUAAAUAUUUUCUCAUCCCACUCUAAACCAAUUUCUACAGACUCUUCCUUAUGAUGUAGUACUUUCUAUUAUUUUAUUAGCAAAAAUAUCUUAUUAGAUUACAUGUAAAAAAUUAUUUGUACUGACUUUUUCUUUUUCUCCAAGAAACUAUCUAGGGAACCACGCACUAUGGGAUGAAUGUACGGAACCCAAAGAUAUAAUUCCAUGGAACCUGACUCUCUUCUCCUUGCUCAUCAUAAUGGGUGGGGUUCAAGCAGUUCUCUGUGCUAUUCAGGCCAUUAAUGGACUCAUGGGGACAAUCUUUGGAGACUGCAAGUGCUGUGGAUGUUGCGGAGGGGUAAGUUCCUAAUUCAGCCUGUGAUGGAUGUGAUGGAUGUGCACCUUAGUUUAUUUUAUUUUUUUCUUAUUUUUCUGUAAAUGUCAUGAAAAGAAUAUGUAAACAAAACUGUACAGCUAGCAACAAAAACAGCUAUGUUAUCUUCAAUAUUCUAGUACAAAAUGAUCAUUAAUUGAUGUAGAAUAUUAAUUUAGAAUAAAAUUUGAUUCAGCAUCACCAGCACAAGUAAAUUUUAAGUACUACUGUUUUGGCUCUGGUAACUUUGCCUGUUAGGUCUAGUUAUUUAUAAUCCAUGUUAAUUCCUUUCCCAUUGCUGCUGAUGUUUCAGCCAUUGCGUGAAAUCACUACAGAGACACAUUGUAUGCGGUUUAAUGCAAGGAUACUGCUUAUAAUCCUGCUCCUCUUCUGCCAUAUAUCAGAGGAGUGAAAUGUACUUCCUCUUCUGACUUUACAUCAUUUUUUUAAGGUGUACGCAUCACGAUCACCCACUUAGCAGCUCUGACAGAGAGCCUGAGCCAUGCCGGCAGAAGUUAAAGUUAACACUGGGAAAAGUUGUAUACACAAAAUGUGAAUGGGACUAUCAACAUGCCGACUGCUUGCUCAGUUAUUAAAGGAAUACUAUAGUGUUUGGAACACAAAACUGUAUUCCUAACACUAAAGUGUCCCUUUGCCUCUGUGCCCCCAUUCAUGAACGUGGUGAAUUAGCCUUUAAAAAGUUACCUUAAUCCAGCCCCAAUGUCCCUUUGUGCUAGUUCGGGCUCCUUCUCGAUGUCAGUCAGUGGGGGGGAAACUAAUGCGCAUGUGCAGCGAGCGCCGUGUGCGCAUUAGCCCUUCCCCAUAGGAAAGCAUUGACUACAUGCUUCCUAUGGGGAUUUAGAAGAUGCUAGACCUCCUCAUGCAAAGCAUGAGGACGUCCAGCGUUGUUUCACAGAGUUCAACUACAUGAAGAAGAAGGAAGCUCCUCUAGUGGCUGUCUGGUAGACACCCACCAGAAGCAGUCUUACUUCCCCCCCCCCCCCCAAAAAAAAACUACAAUAUUUUACAUUGCAGGGCUAAGGGGACAGGGACACUGCACCUUGACCACUUCAAUGAGGUGAAGUGGUCUGUGUUCUUAAAGUGUCCCUUUUAAUUAAUGCUAUGUGGUGAAUGGAACUAAUUCAAGUACUUUAAAAGUAUUUUUCCUUUUCAUGAAUUUCAUGAAAAUUCCCAAGCCCCUAGCCACAAACCAUACUGAGGUCUCAGGGAAAGCCUUUUUAGAGGUUGUCCCAUGCUAUGUCAGCUUUUACAUUGUGUGAGGACAUUUUUCAUGCUAUAUAAUAUCAGUAAGAGUGUUGUGAUUGGUUGGAUGGUAAACCAAUCAACGAUAGUACAUUAGCAGCCAAGGACUAUAUAUAUAUACAUAUAUUAUAAUCCAUAAAAGCAGGGUAACACUAUAGCAUUAGGAAUACAUGUUUAUUUUCUUAAUGCUACAGUGGUUCUUUAACUAUGUCUUCAUUGUCUGUGAAUUGUACUUGUGUCAUGUUUUAAUAUAAGAAAUGUUCUUUUUAAUCGUAGGGUGAUGGACUCAUUUAA